ACGGCACGCGCUUAGUUGAGUUACGCUGGGUUGCUCUAUAUAACGUCCCCGGGCAGAGCGUGUGGUUUUGUGAAAGCAAGUGGCGAUGGCACCGAACAAAAAUCUAGCCGCAACCGUUUACGGACCGAACGAUCUCCGUCUGGACGAGCGUCCCAUACCGGAUCCGGCCUUUAACGAGGUCGUGGUAGAGGUCGAUAGUUGUGGUAUCUGCGGUACGGACAUACACUUUCUGAAGGAUGGUGGUUUCGGUGCUCAGCGGUUAAUUAAACCGAUCGUGCUGGGUCACGAGUCGGCCGGUGUGGUCCGCAAGGUUGGCAGCUCGGUGACGCAUCUGAAGGUGGGCGAUCGUGUCGCGAUCGAACCGGCCGCCGGUUGCCGUACGUGCGAUCUGUGCAAAGUGGGCAAAUAUAACAUCUGUCUGGAUGGGAAGCAUUGUACGACCCAGAAGCAUGAUGGUAACUGUUCGAACUAUUAUGCCCAAUAUGCGGACUGUUGCUUUAAGCUGCCGGACCAUGUAACGAUGGAGGAAGGUGCACUGCUGGAACCGUUGGCCGUUGCCGUCUAUGCUGGAAGGCGUGCUCAGAUCGGUUUGGGACACAAAGUGGUUAUCUUCGGUGCCGGUCCAAUAGGGCUGGUGUGUUUGAUUGCUGCCAAAGCGAUGGGAGCCACCCGUACAGUGAUUCUUGAUCUGGAGCAUGCGAAACAUCGGCUAGAGAUCGCUAAAAAGCUCGGCGUUACCGGUGCGAUUGGAAUUCGGAAACAGGACACGGAGGAUGAGCUGGUGAAAAAAAUACACGACAUUUUGGGUGGUCCGGCCGAUCGUGUGCUGGAAUGUUCCGGGUCACAGCCCGGGAUGCGUGUAUCGAUCAAGGCUACGAGAAACGCGGGACGCAUCUGUUUGGUGGGAUUGGGCAACAAAGAUGUACAGCUGCCGAUGGUGGAUGCAAUCUCGCGGGAAAUCGAAAUCACCACUGCCAUGCGUUACAAUCACGACUACCCAGCCGCAUUAGAAAUCGUUGCCAGCGGGUACGUCAACGUGAAGCCCUUAGUUUCGCAUCACUUCGAUCUGCAGGACGUGCACGAAGCAUUCCGUGUGGCAUCGCAGGGCGAAGGAAUCAAAAUUAUGAUUCAUCUGAUUCCGCGGGACACGAACAAUCCCGUCAAGUUCAGCAACUGAGGAAUAGGCGCAUUUAAAUAAAGUACCGGAAGAAUAUAUGUGUAUGAA